AUGCUUGCCCUUUAUCUAUUUGCCGCCAAGGUGGCAGCUGUCAACAUACCGCCAGGUAUUCUUGACAGUAUUCCGCCGUAUUCGGGCGAGGAUGGUGACGGUGUCAUACACCAACCGAGUGAUGAAUAUAAACAGCAGGUGUCCAACGUUGCUUUUGUUCUUUUGACUUGCUUGAUAUCGCUCUCCUCGCUCUUGCUCCUCAUCUUGCUAGCCUACUACGUUAUCAAGAGGAGAAUACGAUUAUCGGAGGACGAGCUCAUGAGAGAAGAGGAGAACCAGGCGUACUUGGAACUAAACUCCGAAGAACAGGAGCUCUACUUCCAGUCCAAGGAAUACUUACAGGAUAACCCCUCAGUCAAUGGCGAGUUGACGUUAUCGCAAAACUUGCUUAUCCAGGAGAAAGGGGUCAGAGCUUGGGAGUUUGUGAAGGACCCCAUGCUUACCAACAACGAUCUACUUAUAUUGAACAAGUAUGAGUUGAAUUUCUUCAAGAACUUUGAGUGCUCCAGUCAGACCAACUUGCCCAUCCCCAACAAGAACGAUGUCUACUACUUUGAGAGCAAGAUCUACUCGCUACCAAAUGCUGAUAACACGAAGAUUUCCAUAGGGUUAGGGUGCAAGCCUUACCCGUGGUUCAGGCUCCCCGGAAGACAUGUGCAGCUGGUGAGCUAUGAUUCUGACGGGUAUCGAAGAUUCAACCAGCCUUUUAAAUUCCCUUUCGAUAACCCUUUCCCCAAGAUUGUUCAAGGAGAUGUGAUCGGUAUUGGACUCAGAACUAGACUGGGAACCAUUUUCUUCACCAGAAAUGGUAAGAAGAUCAGCGAGCUGAAGAUUGGCGGUCACAUCAAGAACUUCAAGAUCCCUAACGGAGGACAAAUCUUCCCUAUCAUUGGUGCCAAUAACUUAUGCUCCGUACACGUGAAUUUGGGGCAAAUGGGGUUUGUAUUUAUAGAGGGUAACGUGAAGAAAUGGGGGUUUGCGCCAUUAGAGGGCACUGGACCUGCACCUCCAAUCUACAAUAAGUUUAACACUGAUAUACUAUUGGAAAGAAGUGAAAUAGAUGAUGACAAUAAUGACUUGACGGAUAGAGAGAAUGACUUCCCACCGGAUUUCUGGGAUAUCCAUGGGAACGGGGAGAACAAUGAUGGAGAUGACGAUGACCUUAGGAGGAAUAAAGAAUUUGACCAUGAUAAAUUCAGUUAUAAUGCUUAUAGUGAGGUUAAUUCCAACGAUGAAAGGAUCACUUUAAACAGCUUAGUUGCUCCAGUGAGGCCUCCGUCGUAUGAGGGUGAAGAUGAGCUUGAAGAUGUACCUGAGGGAUUUCCGGAGGAUUUCCCUGAGGAAUUUCCAAUGGAAUCUACAGAGCAACAGGAAGAUGAUGCGAAUGCCAAUGAUGAUGCGAGCGAACCGGAAGUUGGCUCGUCGUCAAAUGACGGUCCAUCUCCUGAACCUGGUUUCCCCGAAGGGGCUUCUUCAUCUGGUAACAACGAUCAGGACGAGUAA